GGGAAUUCAAGGCGGGGUGAGGUGAGGCGGGGGCGGGAGUCAGUGGAGGUCGUCUGGUGCAUCUCCUCAUUGGUUCUUCGUACAUAAUAUAUCUUCGUACAUAAUAUAUCUUUCUGUCCCUCUCGCAGCUCUCGCUGCCUCUAUUCGCUGCGCUAUUCAUCGGCCCCAACGUUCGUAGGAAGAGUAAAACGCAGAAGCCAGCCAGUUCAGAGCUUGUCAAUAAUUUCGUUCUCUCUCUCUCUCUCUCUCUCUCUCUCUCUCUCUCUCUCUCUCUCUCUUCUUGAUUCUUUAUACCCAUUUGUCAUUCCCUCUGUGUUUCUCUCUUUGAGCUGUUUGUUUGGUAAUCAAUCAAUCAAAGCAUCAUGGCAGAGGAGGAGGAGGUCACGGCUCUCGUCUGCGACAAUGGCUCUGGCAUGGUCAAGGCUGGAUUUGCCGGCGACGAUGCGCCCCGUGCUGUGUUUCCGAGCAUCGUGGGUCGCCCUCGACAUCAGGGCGUGAUGGUUGGAAUGGGCCAGAAGGACGCUUACGUCGGAGAUGAGGCGCAGUCUAAGCGAGGUAUCUUGACGCUUAAGUACCCUAUCGAGCACGGCAUCGUGACCAACUGGGACGACAUGGAGAAGGUAUGGCAUCACACCUUCUACAACGAGCUGCGUGUUGCGCCUGAAGAGCAUCCUGUGCUUCUCUCUGAGGCGCCUCUGAAUCCGAAAGCCAAUCGAGAGAAGAUGACGCAGAUCAUGUUCGAGAUCUUCAAUGUCCCGGCCAUGUACGUAGCUAUCCAGGCCGUUCUGUCGCUUUAUGCCAGUGGCCGCACGACAGGUAUUGUGCUGGAUUCCGGCGAUGGCGUGACGCACACGGUACCUAUUUAUGAGGGGUAUGCUCUGCCUCAUGCGAUCUUGCGCCUGGACUUGGCCGGUCGCGACUUGACGGACUAUCUCAUGAAGAUCUUGAUGGAGAGAGGGCACUCUUUCACGACGACCGCGGAGCGGGAAAUUGUGCGAGACAUCAAGGAGAAGCUGGCGUACGUAGCUCUGGACUUUGAGCAAGAGUCGGCCACCAGCUCUUCUAGUUCAUCCCUUGACAAGACGUACGAAUUGCCAGAUGGCCAGGUGAUUACCAUCGGCAGUGAGAGGUUCCGUUGUCCGGAAGUGAUGUUCAAUCCUGCUCUGAUAGGUAUGGAAUCCGCUGGCAUUCACGAGACGACGUACAAUUCCAUCAUGAAGUGCGAUGUCGAUAUCCGAAAGGAGUUGUACGGCAAUGUCGUUCUCAGUGGCGGAUCUACUAUGUUCCCAGGAAUUGCCGACCGCAUGAGCAAGGAGAUCACCUCGCUUGCUCCUACCACGAUGAAGAUCAAGGUCGUCGCACCCCCAGAGCGCAAGUAUAGUGUCUGGAUCGGAGGAUCCAUCCUCGCAUCGCUGAGCACAUUCCAACAAAUGUGGAUUGCAAAGAGCGAGUACGACGAAACUGGUCCGUCGAUCGUGCACAGGAAGUGCUUCUGAGAUUCGAGCAUAAUAUGAUCGUUGCGCUCGUCACGGUGACGGUAGUAUGACUCUGAUCUGGUUGAUCAGAUUCACGACGGCAGUUUCUCUUUAUCCCUCUCGCUCUGACCGACGCACGGUGAUGUUGAUCGUUCGAGCUUGGCGAUCCUUUCUCUGGUCUAGUAUUUCUUUCAAGGUCACCGUGAAGAUUUGAUGAUAUAAUGGGGAACGGCCCACUCUGGAGGCCACUUUUUUUUAGACUAAAUUUGGAAAUUUGGGUUGUUUGACUGAAUUCAUUCAUGUUCAUUGCGCAAUCGUUUUGUUGAUUUGUUUUAUUGGCUAUGGGUUCGAAAGUUUUCGACUCGAUUUGAGAGCGGAAAUGAUAAGCAUGCGAGUAUUUUUGAGAGCAGCACUCGACUGCAGCAAUCGUCGAGAGAGUAUUCCUGAAGAAGAGGAGUAUAGGCCAGAGUUUGCCAGUUGACUCGUUGUUUACGGUGCCGCCUCCCGUCCUCUUGUUCCGUUUUUUUCUCGUACGGAUAGAAUUGUAGCUCCUGUUCUCGCUUCUUAUUAACUUUCGUUAAUAUGCGUGAUUGAAGACUCGAAGCGCAGUCGCCGGGCACCGUACUCUCCUCUUGGCAUCGUUGUCUUCUCUUCGCAUGUCGGCGGUGGAUUUGAUCUUAGGGUGCUUGAUUUGCCAUUGACGAUCGAGCAGCACCCGACUUAUGGACAGUCUUGAAAAAGAGGUGGACUACGCCGUCUUUUCGCUUUAUGUCGGUGGUUCGAGCCCUCUGGUUCUGCACUGCUGGUAUAUAUGAUACGUAGCGUUCGCCACCAAGAAGGAAAUCCUCCUCUGAGACUUAGUUUGAGUUUGAGUGAGGAUCUUGCUGCUGUUGCUCUUCCUUUUCGUCGAUGGGAUGUUCGCGAGUAGACCGAGACUAUGCUAAGUUGAGUAUUCAUUGACUGAAUAAAUGUCUCGAAAUUGU